AUGAAGAAGUUCGGCUUCUCCAGCAGCAAGAAGUCGAAAGGCUCGCCGGCGCCUGAGAACCCCUACGCCCAGGCCCAACCGAACGAUCCAUACACGGCCGAAGACACCCAGAAAUAUGCCAACGUCGCACCUAGCUACCGAGAGGCGCGAAGUGGUUUGCCCCCUCCUGGCGCCGGAGGUCUCCCGAGCGGUCCACGGGGUGCCUACGGUGCCGCUCUCAAUCGCCACGACAGCAGCGGCGCAUCGGCAUCGGCUCCACCUCCCUACCAGCCUCAACCCGCUGCUCAACCCGCUGCUGGUUACAAUAGUAAUAAAUAUGGUACAUCCUCGGGCUACGGGUCUAGCAAGUAUGGUAGCUCAAGUGCCGGCGAGUCGGCAUCGGGCGCUCGUUCCGGUGGAUAUGGCGGCUUAGGUCCGACAGCCGACGACGAUGCUGCGAAUCGCGAAGCGCUUCUCGCUGGUGCCCGUCAACGAGACGAGGCGCCACAGGCCAGCAGCGGCUCUGGGGACUAUGGGCAGUCGGGUGGCGAUUCUGCCAGCAAGUAUGGUGGCUAUGGCGAACAACGCGACCUCACAGAAGAGGAGAAAGACACAGAGGCAUAUAGAGAUGCAAAGGCCCAGAUUCACGAGACGACAAAAGCGAGUUUGGCUACCAACCAGAACUCCAUGAGAUAUAUGAAUCAAGCCAUUGAUACUGGGUUGCAAACAUAUGCGCGCCUCGGUGCGCAAAACGAGAGACUCCAUCACACGGAUCAGUUACUGGAUACCGCGACCGAGUCUCACCGGCAUGCCGAGGCACAGACCAAGAAGCUCAAGAGCUUAAACAGGAGCAUGUUUGCUGUACAUGUUAACAAUCCCUUCACGGCCAAGCGACGGACUGCCGAAGAGGAGGCUCGUGUCAUGACACAAAGUCAACUAGACCGACAACAACGAGAAGCUACGCGGAGGGACAAGUUUGGCCAAAACGCGCGCAUGGAACAAACCUUUGCAAGCUUUGACAAAGAUCAGGGAUCUUCAUCCUUCACAAGAGCGAACCGUGGAGAUCGCUCCAAGUACACUCUCGAAGAUGACUCUGAUGAAGAGGGCGCGAAGGAACUUGAUGAACAGAACGAGCAGAUCGAGCGCGAUCUGGAACAGAUGUCCGUCGGUGUUGGCAAACUCAAGCGAAUCGGUCAAGCCAUGGGCGAGGAGCUAGACCACAGCAACAAGCUCAUUGACAGAAUCGGUGAAAAGACUGAUCCACUUGACGACCAGAUCAGAGUGACGAACGCGAGAAUGAACCGCAUUCGAUAA